AUGGCUCCCCGCAUCGACUUUGGCGUCCCCGUGAGCAUCACCUACAUCGGCACCGCCACGGCCAUUAUCCACAUCGACGGCGUCAACUUCCUGACGGACCCCGUCUUUUCGCCCGGGGGAACUGAAUGGUACCGCAGGGACGUGGGCGGCCUCAAGCUGACGCAGACCAAGAGCCCGGCCUACGGGCUCGCCAGCCUGCCGCCCAUCGACGCCGUGCUGCUCAGCCACGAGGACCACCCGGACAACCUGGACGAGCCCGGCCGCCAGCUGCUCGACGGCCGCCGCGUCUUUACCACGCCCGACGGCGCGCGCAAGCUGGGCCCGCGGCCGGGCGUGCGCGGACUGAAAGACUGGAAAACAGCAACCCUCACCAUCGGCGGCCGCGAAUUCAGCAUCACGGCCACCCCAUGCCAGCACCUACCAGGAGGCGAAUGCAUCGGCUUCGUCAUCUCCUCGCCAUCCUUCGGCACGCACUCACCCACCAACCUGCCCAACGCGCUCUACUUCUCGGGCGACACGGUACACGUCGCCUCGCUGGGGCCCGAGAUUCGUGCGAGGUGGCACGUGGCGGCCGCGCUGCUGAACCUGGGCAAGGCGUCGGUGGGGCGGCUGCAGAUCACCAUGGACGGCGCACAGGGGGUGCAGUUGUUUGAAGAUGUGGGGGCGGAUUUGCUCGUGCCGAUGCACUUUGAGGCGUGGCAGCACUUUGCUGAGGACAAGGCUGAUAUGGUGGCGGCGUUCGAGAAGGGCGGGAUUUUGGACAAGGUGGUGUUCCUGGAGCUUGGGGUCGAGACUUUGUUGACCAAGGCUUGA